AUCUAAUUUUUGUGAAACCUCGAUCAAUCUAAUUUUUUUUUCCUUAUAAAUAAAGUUGUUGUUCAUUGAUUUUUUUUUAAAAAAACUAAAGGAACUCCUUUUUUACUACAUUUGGUUCUUUACUUUUAAACUUUUUUACUUUUUUUAUUCUAUUCAAAAACUUUGAUAAAAAUGACAGAUAUUAACCGUAGUGCCGAAUUUGAUGCUGCCGCUAAAGAAUUUGAGGAAGUUGUAAAGAAUCAUAAUCCAUCUGAUGAAGACAAAUUGGAAGGAUAUGCUUUAUUUAAACAAGGAUCAUUCGGAGAUAACACUAAACCCGAACCAGGUUUUUUUGCAAGGACUGAUAAAGCAAAAUGGAAUGCUUACAAUACUAAAAAAGGUAUUACACCUGAGGAUGCACAAAAACAAUAUGUUGAUUUUGUUGCAAAAAUGAAAGAAAAAUAUGGAAGUUAAAGGAAUUUUUUUUCUUUCUUGUAUAAUUUAAGAAAUCCAUUUCUAUUUUAUAUCAUUUCCCCCUUUGUAAAUCUUUGAGAGUUCAUUAUUGUGGCUAAUUGCUUUCCAGAAAUAAAGAAAUUUAAUUGGACAAGAAUCAAUGGCGUAGUCAUUUGUUUACAUGAUUACAUGAACUGACAUUUUCUGUGUUCCUCAAUAA